AAUCUUUUCGGUAUUCAUGCGUAGUAAAAAUGGCCGCUCUCCACCGAUUCCACAAUCGGACUGGAGCAUUAGUUUCGCUUAGUAAUGACAACAGAACUGCGCAACGGAAUCAUCCUACACAGGAAUUUAACAACGGUGUUGUUCUUAGUUCUGUACCAUUAAAGGACGAUCAAGUUCUAGAAGUUAAGAUUGACAAAAAGGUAAAUUCCUGGAGUGGGUCUAUAGAGAUAGGAGUAACAACAUGUGAUCCAGACAAUCUUAACUUUCCUAUAAGUGCAACAGGCUUUCGUGAUGGAACUUGGGUUAUGUCCGGUAGCUCAGUCCUCAAGGAUGGUCACUCAAUGAUUGAGGAAUAUGGAUGUGAUCUUGACCAGUUGUCUGAGGGGGAUGUUGUUGGGGUUAUGCGCUCUUCAAAUGGAGAGUUACAUUUUUUCGUUAACGGUGUUGACCAGGGUACAGCUGCCACUGAUAUCCCAGGUGGUGUUUAUGCUGUGAUAGACAUGUAUGGCAAGUGUGCCCAAGUGUCUAUCAUAGAAUCUACAGAUAACAGAGUUAGUGUUGCGGCACCAAACUCAACCCCAAGCGAAGUUGCCCAUCAACUUGCCAAUGAAUUUCUUGCCCAGUUAUCAAGUCAGAUAGUAAAUGACCUCACUCGUACCACUGAAGCGUUGAAUCUGGCAGAGGAUACCUUACACUCAAAUGAGAGACUCACAUUUCAUGAGCGCUGCGGCAGCCUAGUAAAGUUGAGCAAUGGCAGGAGGACUGGAGAGAGACGGAGGCCCCUGGAUGAGUUUAAUAAUGGUGUGGUGAUGACAAAUAGACCUCUGAAAGAUGAUGAGUUAUUUGAGAUUCGUCUAGAUCGUUUGGUAGACAAAUGGUCUGGCUCUAUUGAGGUUGGAAUCACAACACAUAAUCCUAGUGCAAUAGAUUUCCCUGCUACCAUGACAAAUAUGAGAUCUGGUACUAUUAUGAUGAGUGGGUGUGGUAUAUUGACUAAUGGUAAAGGAACAAGGAGGGAAUAUGGACAGUAUAAUUUAGAUGCUCUAGCUGAAGGAGAUAGGAUAGGUUUGAUCAGAAAAAACAAUGGAAGUCUGCACUACUUCAUAAAUGGUGUAGACCAGGGCAUGGCAUCUAACACAUGUCCCCCUACAGUGUGGGGAGUGGUUGACCUAUAUGGUAUGGCUGUAAAGGUGACAAUUCUAGACCGUAAUGAUCCCAACUAUAACCACAUGGUGAAUAGUCGUAGACCAGAGCGACAGAGGGUACCUAGACAGUUCACUGAUCUAUAUGAUGAAGAAAAUAGUGCAGAGGAUGAAGUAGAGAGAUUAAGUUUUCAUACACGUUGUGGUACACAUGCUAGUGUUGUAAAUAGAGGCAGAACUGCACAUAGGCCCAAUGCUCUUGAUGACUUUAAUAAUGGUGUGGUACUAACUAACCGACAUGUCAGACCAAAUGAGAUAUUUGAAGUUUGUAUUGAUAAGAUGGUUGACAAGUGGGCGGGGUCAAUAGAAAUAGGGCUGACCUUACAUUCUCCAGAGAACCUCGAGUUUCCGUCAACCAUGACAAAUAUAAGAUCGGGGACUUGGAUGAUGACGGGGAAUGGGGUCAUGUAUAAUGGAACCACAGUGAUGGAUGAUUAUGGACAAAAUUUAGACCGGCUUAAGGCUGGUGAUAGAGUUGGUGUUAUAAGGAAGGAGACUGGUACGGUACAUUUCUUUGUGAAUGGUAUAGACCAGGGUGCAGCAGCCAGUAAUGUACCAGAGAAUGUUUAUGGAGUUAUAGAUCUAUAUGGACAGGCUGCUCAAGCCACCAUCAUUGACCAGUCAGAUUCUUUAAGUAUCCAAGACAUGGAUCUAUCUAGUCUCACAGACACAGACAUGCUGCUGUUUCACCAAAUCCAUGGUAGUAACUCGGCCAUCAUAAAUGGGGGUCGCACGGCCGUACGUCCAAGUGCCACCGGGGAGUUUAAUGAUGCCAUUGUGAUGAGUAACCGUCCUUUGAGAGAUAACGAGCUAUUCGAAGUAAUCAUUGAAAAAAUGGUGGAUAGAUGGUCGGGAUCUAUUGAAGCAGGUGUAACUUUGAUUAAACCUGAAGAUCUGGAGUUCCCAAACACCAUGACAGACAUAGAGUAUGAUACUUGGAUGUUAAGUGGUUCAGCCAUAAUGCAGGAUGGGUCUACAAUAAAGAAUGGGUAUCCUCUAGAUCUGGAUUCUGUAAGUGUAGGCUGUCGUAUUGGCAUGAUGAGGUGCUCUGAUGGUACUCUACAUUACUUUCUGAAUGGGACAGACCAAGGAGUAGCUUGCUAUGAUAUCCCACCUGGAGUAUGGGCAGUUAUAGAUCUGUACGGACAAUGUGGUCAGGUGUCCAUAACUAGUGGUUCUGGCAUAAUGCCAACAGAUAAUAAUACUAUAAAUAGAACUAUAGUAGAACAUCCAAAUUUUAAUUCUCCAGUUAGCUCAGCAGAAUGUCACAGAUUCAGUCAUUGUUGUGGGAAGAAUAUACAGCUUACAUCUAAUGGUAGAACUGCUUCUAGAUCUAACAAUUAUAAUCACUGUCUAGUGUUUAGUUCUGAUCCUUUGAAAAAAGACGAAGUGUUUGAAAUAAAAAUUGAGAAACUUUGUAAACAGUGGUCCGGAUCAUUACGCAUCGGUUUGACAUCUAUGGCGAUAUCUGAUACAACGCCAGUGUCGGCCGUUCCUCUUACUUCAUUAGAAUUGACAUCAAAGCCAACGUGGAUUAUUUCUGGAUCAGAUGUGAAGAAGUCUGGUGUAACAAUAAAAGAGAACUACACUCCGUCCUUGCAAAGACUUGAGGUUGGUAACCGGGUUGGUAUUGGUAGAAGUCAUGAUGGUACCAUGCAUUUAUAUCUGAAUGGUGAAAAUCUUGGAAUAGCUGCAUCUAAUAUACCAAAGAAUGUAUUUGCUGUGAUAGACCUAUAUGGUAUGGUAGAGUCAGUAUCUGUUGUUAGUUCUGUUUCCAUGGUUACAGACAGUUCAUCUACCACACCAUCUGUGGAAUCAGAGACAGGACAUCAAAUCUCAUUGCCAUUAGAUAGAGACCAAGAUCAAGAUACUGCCAGUAUAUCAGUCCCAGAAUUCCACUGUAACCAUGGUAAAAAUAUUCUCCUUAGCAACGGUAACCAGACAAUAGAACGUGUGUCUAGUUAUAAUCAGGCCAUAGCUGUAACCAAUAAAUCUCUAGUCAAAAAUCAACUGUUUAGGGUAAGGAUAGACAAGUUGAAUACUCGUUGGAGUUCGUCUUUGAUGAUUGGAUACCUUGGAUUCUCUCCAGAAAAAUACACCUUUCCUGUCUCUGCUACAGCCAUAAAAAAGUCUUGUGUUGUUAUACAGUCGGAUCAAGUUUACUCCAGUGGUUCAAAGAUCAAGGAGCAUUAUGGGAGGAAUCUAGACAAGUUACAGAUAGGUGAUACAGUGGGUGUAUUAAUAGAUGAUGAUAGUAGUCUACAUCUGUAUAUAAAUGGUGUCGACCAGGGUGUGGCUGCCAGAGAUGUACCAUGUCCGUGUCAUGGUCUAGUUGACCUCUAUGGACAGUGUGAACAGGUUACUAUAGUAACAGAAGAGAAUGUUGUCAUGGCAACACAGACAAAUGUUGAAGAUAGGGAGAAGGCAGAUAUAGAUGAUGCUAUAAAGGAGAAAGUUCACAGACCCGUUGUAGAACAGAGUUCAAUAUUACGGCAUUGUGAAUACCAGAAUCUUUGUCUUAGAAUAAAAGCACAGCUGUCUCUGCCAGAUGGAUAUUUCGACACAAGCCUUCAUGUUUGUUAUUGCGAGACUUGCCAUAAACUACGUGGAGAAGAACUGUAUCACCGGAAAGGGGACCCUCCUAAACAAUAUGCUACACAAUACGGCUGGUGUAUGUUUAAACUAAGACUACCAAGUAGAACAAAUGGUUGGAGUGUCUAUGAAAAAUGGCAUGUUGCGUAUUUUGGAUCUAAGAUAGAAAAUUUACGUAGAAUUCUUGAUAAAGGAGACCUCCAUUCAACCGGUGAAGUAGUGAAUGGGGGAAGUGUUCUAUUACCCCAGCCGCCUGUCUUUACAGAGAAAUCCCAGCCAGAUGGUACAUCAGUCAAUAAAAUCUUUCUAUCACCAACAUUAAAAUAUACUGGAGCUAAUGAAUUCUCACCUAAACACAAAGUAAUAGACCCAAAGACAAGGAAGGUACAUCAUGUUCGGGUGGCAUUCCAAGUUUAUGUAAAACCAGGCUCCUACAAAGUUGGGCCGCAGUCUAUUGGUGCCAACGAGCCCAUUGAUCCAGAGAUCAGUAACAAUGAAAUAGAAUGGUCAACAAAGGAACGUGGAUCAGUAUUACUUCAUAGUUUGUUGAUGCGUGUUGAAUGACAAUGACACGUGUUUGUGCUGGUUGAGACAAAGUUUGUUUGUGAGAAGAAAAUGUGCUGAAUUGUGUUUACUAUCACAGAUUGAAAUAUCACCAGAUAUGUCAAUAUACUAGUACAACUACAUGUAUAAAUUAAAGUGAAAAUUUAUAGACCAUGUCAGAGCUAUUCCUGUCUUACUUCUUAAUCAUAGUGCUUAAUUAUGGUAAACAUGUAUUUAAAAAGGACUUCACUGAGGUUUUUUGAUAUAACUUGACUGGAAAUUUUUUUUCUUCAAAUUUGUGAACCAAUUAUAGAAUUUUUGACCUCAGAGGAGCUCCUUUCAUAUGGGACUAGAUUUUGUCACAAGUAGGUUCUGCAAUACCAAAUAUGUUACAAGAAUUUAUCUUCUGUUUUACAGAUAAUGUUUGUUAAUUUUUGUAUGAACUGUACUGGGGGGGGAUUUAAUCCUAGCAUUAUUUUAUUAUUUUUGCAAUUUACUCUAGAGGUCUGCAUCUCUCCUUACACCUUGUAGAAUAGUUAUUUUUCCUUUAAUACUGUCAACAUCCUAGCAUUAUUUUUUGUAACUUACACUUUAUUGAAUAUUUAUUUUUUCUGUCAAUAGGUAGUUUUUGACUGAUUGAUAAUUGCUAAAUUCACUGUCAUUUGUUGCAAAUUAUUUACUUUUUGGACAGUUUACUGUCAUCUUUAUCAAGGGUAAUGUACUAAAAAUAACACGUUUCAGUGGUUUUAUAUGAUUAUAGGAGAUAAGGUAAACAUCUCAUGAAUAGCUGACAUAAAUUUUCGUGUUCCUUAUCAUCUUAGUGAUAAUGAUAUAAUUGUCUUUGGAAGGUCAUUUAGUUUUAAAAGAAAACUUUGAGAAUGAAUACAUAAUUAUUUAUUUGUAAUAGACGUAUCUGUUUGUAACGAAAGAAUCUCAUUUUCCUUUUGAACAAUGAUUUCAUUGUAUUGGUGAAUGCAGUUGAGGUUGUUGUUUUUUUUACGUUUCUUACAAGAGUACAUCAGUUUUACUUCACAUUGAAGAGUAUUUAACUAAUUUAAUUUUACAAUGAAAACAAAAUAUGGAAACUAUUCAUAUAGAAGUGUGUAUGGUUAUUUAGGAAAUACAUGUAGAUAUCAAAUUUGAGUGCAUUGUUGUAAAAUUAUGCAGAUUCAAGUUCAAAUGCGCAGGAAUAUAAUCACAAAGGCCGAUAGGCCUGAGUAAUUGGUUUCAAAGCAUUUGAAUGAUAAAUCCUGCAUUAUAAUACUAUAAUGCAAGAAAAAUUAAUAUCUUUUCCCAUUCUUAUGUGCUAAUAAAAUAAGAGAAUUGAUAAAAACAUGUUGAGUUACAUUUAGGGUAGAAGUCAUAUUCCAGACAUCAUUUGGUAUAUUGAUGUCAUAUCUGACAUCAUAUGAUGUGUAAGCAUUCCUUUUUCAUUCUGUCCAUAUAUCGUGUAAUAAUGCACUUGAUUGCUGUAUCUGUUUGAUAUGGGAAUAGUGUGAAGCAUGUAAGAAUGAACUUUAGAACACUGUACUUCAUCUCAGUUUCUUGUUUUAUUUCUGGACCUAACAAAUUAAUUCCAAUUCUUAUUAUUGAGGAUUUAAUAUCUGCUUAAAAUGGUGCACAUGAGUUUCAGAGAUAUGGCAUUUUUUUAAAAAAAAAUUUUGAUGAACAGGGUAAAAAAAAAAUCAUAUAAAAUUCACCUACAAGUGGAAUGAAGAUCGUAUGUCUUUGUAAAUGUUCAUUGAAAGGUACCAUAAGUAUCCUUUACGGGCAUAAGUCAUUUAUGAUUUUAGAAGAUACUACAAGAUAUAGAUAGCUAUUUAAAAUUUUGGAAAUAGACCCUGUUUCCUUUAUGUUUAACUCUUUAUCUGUGGGAACAAAAAGUGAUAUGUAUAGAGCCAGGCCAGCCUAAUUAUCAGUGAAGCCCAACCAGGCUGUAUACUGUUGAAGUGGCGACAUGACCGAUAGGUUAAAGCAUCAUACUAGUUACCUAAGGAUCACUACCUGCAUGGGUUUAAACUUCAAACCCUGUCAGGGGCAAGCUAUCACUCCCUUGAUCAAGAAACUUCACACUCGUAGCUCAAUACUGGUUGGUUGCAGGAAAGGGUUCAAGGUGUUUAUAAGCUAUAAGCUUCCUACACACUCAAACUAAAACAAAAAUCUGUAUAAACAAAAUAAAAUUAAAAAAGCAGAAAUUCGUGGAUAUUUAAUCUUUGCCGAUUACCAAGAAAUGAUAAUUUUUGGCUGUACCUAUAUAUAUGAUUUUAAAGUAUAAAAUUUUGUAAUUUUCACAUAAAUCAAGGCACACAAGUGUAAUAAAGCCAUUUAAUAAAAAAAUGAUAUCACACUGGUGUAAUAACACUUUUAUGUGACAUCAUUUGCAUUACAUACAAACAUAACGUUAAAGUGCUCUAAUUUUAGCACUACACUAUAGGCUAGUCAAUAAAAAAUGACUCUUUUUAAUUGUAAACCGUUAUUUUAGAUAUGUGAUAAAUAGAAUAUUAUAUUUGUGUAGAUUCAAUUCUAAAUUUAUUGAACUCGUUCAAUAAAACUUUAAUCAACUCGUUCAAUAAAUUCAGUAUUAAAUGCACACUCAUUCAAUAUCAACACAUGUAUGUAAGUUGUAACAGUUUCAUACCAAACCUUUUUUGUAUUAAGAUAUUUUUCUGUGUAACAAUUAUGACCAUCAACAUAUAAGUUGUAGUUGGUUAUUAGUGCUAAAGAUGAACAACUAUGUGUGCUUUUUGUGUUGUGGUAAUGUUUUGGAGGGAAUAAUUAACCCUUCUUGUUUUUACUGUGAUAACAUUUAUUUAUCAGUGUUUGACCUUAAUUUAUUCUUUGAGAAAAAAAAUCUUCUUUUUUUAAAGAGACACAAAUGGCUGAAAAUUGUUAAAGAGUUGAUAUUUCAUUAUUUAUAUAAUUAUGAUUUUGUAAAAUCAUGUGUUAAAUAAUGUACAAGUAUUAAAAUUGUGAAAUUA